AUGGCCUCCUCUGGUCUGUCUCGCAUCCUUCUGGUUCUUCCCAGGUUCUUCCCCUUGACCACUCUGAAUCACUUGCUGAAGAACGUCCAUUUUCCAUCUUCAUCAUCCCAAGAAGAGAUUUACAUCAAUGAGGAAGGAGAAGCCCCGGGACAAUAUGACCUCACAAACUGGGUCAUGUUCCCUGAUCAGAAAGACAGGCUACUGAAUGUGAUUAAAGUGGGAAGCUUCAGCACUUUGACCCCUAAUCAGCUGAUUGUCACUGACAGCGCCAUCUUGUGGCACCCACAUUUUACAGAGAUCCCAAUCUCCGUGUGCAGUGACAGCUGUAUCCCAGGGUACCGGAAAGUUUCCCGGGAAGUAGAGUUUUCCUGCUGUUAUGACUGUGUGCCCUGCGCAGAGGGACACAUCUCCAACACAACAGAUAUGGAAACGUGUAUCCAAUGCCCAGAAGAUCAGUGGCCCAAUGACAAGAGAACUAUUUGCAUCCAGAAAAUAACAGAAUUCCUUUCAUAUGAGGAUCCCUUGGGACAGUCUCUGGCUGCAGUCUCAGUUCUCUCCUCUCUUACUGUCAUUUUAGUUUUUCUGAUUUUUCUCAAAUAUCACAAAACUCCUGUGGUCAAGGCCAAUAACCAAACCCUGAGCUACUCCCUCCUCCUCUCCCUCACACUGUCCUUCCUCUGCUGCUUCUUGUUCAUUGGGCGCCCUCAGAAAGUGACCUGCCUGCUCAGACAAGUUACAUUUGGGAUCAACUUUACAGUUUCUGUCUCUUGUGUCCUGGCUAAAACUGUCACAGUUGUCAUUGCCUUUAAUGCCACAAAGCCGGGAAGCAAGAUAAAGAAAUGGGUGGGAACAAGAGUGUCCCUCUGCCUGGUCCUUCUCUGCUCUCUGCUCCAGGUUGGGAUAUGCCUGGUCUGGCUGAUCUCCUCCCCACCAUUCCCAGACUAUGACACUCACACUUACACUGGGAAGAUGAUAUUACAAUGUAAUGAAGGCUCUGUCUCUGCAUUCUACACUGUGAUUGGUUACAUUGGGUUCCUGUCGGGAUUAAGUUUCAUUGUUGCUUUCCUGGUUAGGAAGUUACCAGCCAGUUUCAAUGAGGCCCAGCUGAUCACUUUCAGCAUGUUGGUGUUCUGCAGUGUUUGGGUGUCCUUCAUCCCAGCGUACCUGAGCACCAAGGGCAAAUACAUGGUGGCUGUGGAGAUCUUCGCUAUCCUGGCUUCCAGUGCAGGGCUGCUGGGCUGUAUCUUCAUUCCCAAGUGCUACAUUAUCCUCUUCCGCCCUGAGCAGAACACCCGCCGGGGCCUUACUGGCAAACGCUUACAGUGAAUUAUUGCUAACCUUUGGGAUUCUCAGUAGCAUACUCAUGAUUAUUUUGAUUUAUUUUCGUUCAUCUUUUUGGUCUUUGUUCCUUUCAUCCCUUCCCUUCAAUUCUUCUAUAUUCUGAACAUUAUCAUGUCCCACCCUGAGCAGAACACCAGGAGGAGACACCUCUCUAGGAAACACCUACAAUGGUUUAUUGCUAACCUUGCCCUAAUUAUUAUAAAUAUUAUUAGGUUCCAUCAAGUCAGUUUUCUCCAGAAUGAUUUUGUCUUCUGUUUGGGUCUUUAGGUUUAUCCGUAUUGUGCACUUAAUUGCUGGUCCAACUUGUUCCAAACACAAAUGUCCUUUACAAUAAAUUGGGUCUUUUCAUAAUACUGGGAAAGUAAGACUAGAAAAUGAAUUAUCAACCUGUAUAACUCCAUGGACUCCAUGGUAAAGAAAACUCUUAUUUUGGAUAUAUUCCCUGGGCCACUGACUGCAAAAUGGGUAAGAUACAUAUUUAGGACACAAUGCUACUAUAGUUUAUUCCUUAUACUACUUGUAU